AAAGAUCAAAUUACAGGAAGCUCCCUCCCACCACCAAACACACAGUGGACUGAGAGGACAGAUUCAGAGAUCCUCCGCUCACUUCACAGGAAAAGAAGACAGCUCUCAGAUUCAACAACAUGCCUGGAAACCUCUUAAAAAAUCCUAAUGGAGAUGAGGAACUGGAACACUGGGAGCUGAUAGAGAAUGGAGGCGAUCAAUGGCGGACCGAUGACAUGCCGGGGGAUUGCGGACAUGGUUUCGGUGAUGAAUCAGUCACUAAAUACUUCAGCACCUCUUUUGAACCAUGUCUAAAAAGACAAGUUAUUGAUUUGCUAGCAGAAGGUUAUGACCCUGAAAAUUUAGAUAAUGCACAGCCAGCGGUGCAUGUGGAGGACUGGUACUGCAGCCGAACAGACUGUGGGUGUAUUUAUAAGCUCACUGUGUCUCUGCUUGAUGAAAACCAAGAGGUCAUCUCCAGAUUUAAGCCAAAUAAUGUGACCCUUAACCCUGACUUUCACGACUGCUCUUGGAAACAGGUGAGCCACACUUUCACAAAUUACGGUCCAGGCCUUCGCUUCAUCUCUUUUGAACAUGGCGGUCAAGAUACCAAGUAUUGGAAGGGCUGGUUUGGAGUGAGAGUGACUGGAAGCUCUGUUACCAUAGACCUCUAAACACUGGUCAGACAAAAUUAAAAAUGAUUGAAAAAGAAGAAGAAUUUGCUUGCAGCUUGCUUUUAGUUUUGCACAUGCUAUACUACAUGUAAUCAUAAUUAAAAAUAUACAGGUUAAGGUGUACAUGUAAUGCUAGGCAUUUAAAAAAGUGUCUUAAAGUCAAAUUAGAACUUAUUUUAGGUGGGUUGUUUUUUUGUUUUUUUUUUUUACUUUAGAGGUUCUUCUGGGCCAC